AUGACAGUAGACCAGCCAACCGAACCCCAGCAAGAGCAACUUGUGGAUGUUGUGCCUGAACAAGAAGAUGACAACGACGAUGACGCCACAUCCACAGAACCUCGUCGAAAGACUCGUCGCAGCCGCCGUGGAGGAUACCGACGCAAGCGCCAGCAACAAAAGAAGAUUGCCGCCUUGAUGGCAGAGUCUGCCGCUCGUCGCGAGGAAGGAGCCAAGCCGGCCAAGGAUGACAGCUCCACCGCUACCGCCACCACCGAUGGAGAGACUUCGUCCUGUGAAUCCGCCGGAUCUCCCGAGCGCACUGUGGCUCGCAAGAAGCGAAACAACCCACGCAAGGAGCAGCAGCAACAACAAUACAAGGGUACUACAACAACAUGA